GCCACCGCUCCCAACACUAUCCACCUUCCUGAACAAUGGCUGCUUGCCUGCGCCCUUGAUAUGCAAGGCCCGGGUAGCUAUCGUCGCCGUCAUAACUUGUCGCUCGUAUAGGUUGGAGCGACUAUUACAUAUACCCCUCGACGGUGCUGCCUGUGUCUUGUCAGUUGGCGCCUCGAUACUGUACGCGUUGCCAUCAUGCGCCUCUCAAUCGUGGUUGCGGCGGUCCUUUCUGGCCUCCAGACAGCCUCUGCGGUCAAGCUCUUACCGAAGAGCCUUGUCGAGAGGGAAGAGCAUUUACAAUCCGCACGGAACCCACGAAGCCUGGCCAAACGCGCGGAUACUGAUCCGUCGUUGCUAUACCCUGCACACAACAUAUCCGUGCCAGUCGACUUCUUUCAUAACGAGACGCGUUAUGAGCCGCACAGCAAUGACUCGUUCAACCUCAGAUACUGGUUCGACGACACCUACUACAAGCCAGGGGGCCCGGUCUUUGUUCUCCUGAGCGGAGAAACCAGCGCAGUCGGCCGUCUACCGUUCUUGCAGAAGGGAAUCGUGCACCAAGUCAUCAAGGCCACGAAUGGCUUGGGUGUCAUUCUGGAGCACCGCUACUAUGGCGAAAGUUUCCCUGUUGCCAAUCUCUCGACCGAGAACAUGCGCUUCUUGUCAACAGAGCAGGCUCUUGCUGAGGUCGACUAUUUUGCCAGGAACGUGAAAUUCGAGGGGGUGGAUGCCGAUCUGACUGCACCGAACACCCCCUGGAUCGUCUACGGCGGAUCCUAUGCCGGAGCCCAGGCUGCAUUUCUGCGAGUCGUGUACCCAGAGACCUUCUGGGGUGCCAUUUCGUCGUCGGGCGUCACAACCGCCAUCUAUGACUACUGGGAGUACUUUGAGCCUAUCAGAAUUUUCGGGCCUCCGGACUGCAUCAAGAACACGCAGCUGCUGAUUGACGUGGUGGACGGUGUCUUGUUGCGCCAGAAUGAUACUGCCAUGUCUCAGUCUCUCAAGGAUGCCUUUGGUCUGGGCGAUGUGACGGACAACCGCGAUUUUGCCAACCAGUUUACCAGUGGCGUUUAUGGCAUCCAAAGCACCAGCUGGGACCCGGAAGAGGACUCGCCAUCCUUUUUCUAUUAUUGCAAGAACAUGACCAACCCGGAGCCUACUGGCGAAAAUCUUCGUCCAACGGUUGCCAAGCUUGCCGCAGCAGCUGGCUAUGCCAACGACACAGCAGUGCAGAACAUAACCCUGAAUGCCAUUUCUUGGGUCAACAGCACCAUACUUCCGGCCUGGCGUACAUCCAACGUGUCUCAGGACUCCUUUUUUACCCAACUCAACGCCACCAGGCUUGAGGAAAACAGGGACCUCAGUGACUAUGGCCUAGUCAGCUGGAACUACCAAGUGUGCACUGAAUGGGGCUACAUUCAGACUGGCAACACGCCCAAAAACAUCAUGCCACUAAUCUCACGUACGCUGGAUCUCGAGUACCUCACCUUCUUCUGCCGAGCGCAAUUCAACAUCCAUGAGCCGCCUGAGAUUGAACGCGUCAACAAGUACGGCAACUUUGACAUUGAGUAUGACCGCCUUGCCAUUAUUGGCGGAAACUCGGAUCCAUGGAGGCCUGCAACGCCGCUGUGGUACCCAGACAGCCGCAACACAUCGACGGAGAAGCCGUGGCUGCUCAUUAGCCACGGAGUGCAUCACUGGGAGGAAAAUGGCAUCUUCGAGAACCAGACUACCCCUGAGCUGCCGCCAGCGCAGAUUGUCUAUGCACAGCAGUACAUUAAGAACUUUGUUGCUGACUGGGUUGAGGAGUUCAAGGCAAAGACAGACCGCUCCGAACUGCGUUGAUUGCGGACUGUCAGGCAGAGAGGCUUUUUAUGUCGGUCCAGACAUGGAGCUGCUGUAAGCAUAUGGAAGCUAGUGGCUAUAAUAGAGCUAGUUAAGAUAUGCACAUAACACUAGCUUCACUCCUAUAACGUCUGCUCGAUUUUAACCUGUUGUUGUACUUGGCUGACCGCCACAGCACGCUGUUGAUAAGCUGCUGACGAGUCGAGUGCUGACGCAACGACACUUACGACCGACUACUAAGUAUGUUCUUGCAAGUUUAGCGAUAGCCUAAGCUUCCGAGGUCCCUGUCGCUUUGAAGCAAAGGGUCCUGCAAUCUCUUG